UCAAAAUUCAACUUCCAAUACAUCAAAAUUACCCUUAAAACAAUGUAUAUUUCAGAUUUCUAGUUUUUACAAUUUUAAUAUAAACUAAAAGUUAGAUUGCAAGAGGAUUUAAAUAUCCAUCAUGAAUAUAUAUAUAUAUAUAUUUAUAUAUAUAUAUAUCCUCAAAUUUCUCAGUUGCCACCUGAACUUGUUAUACACGAGUUCCAACACUUCACCAAACCACGAUCUCUGACUGUCUAUUAAUUUGCAUCUAUUUUCUCUGAAUCUGCCAUGGCUAAGGCCUGCACAGCCAAAGUGAUCGAGGAGUGCCAAAUCUCUCCCAAACCCACAUCAUCUUCAUUUUCAUCUUCUUCUCCUUCUCCACCAACAACCUCACUCCCUCUAACUUUCCUAGACAUUCCAUGGCUUUUCUUCCCUCCAAGUCAACUCCUUUUCUUCUAUGAAUUCCACCAUCCCACUUCUCACUUCACUUCCACCGUUCUCCCAAACCUCAAGCACUCUCUCUCCCUCACUCUCACUCUCUUCUACCCUUUCGCCGGUACCCUCCAUUUCCCUCCCAAACCCUCCAAACCCAACAUCCUCUGCUGCUACCAAAACGACUCUGUUUCAUUCACCGUCUCCGAGUCUGGCAGCGACUUUCUCUACCUCUCCGGGGAUUACCAGAGAGACGCUAAAGAUUUCCACCCACUCGUCCCCCAGCUUCCACUUCCAGCAAACAAUGGGACCCACCAACAGCUUCCAUUGCUCGCUGUUCGAGUUACGGUCUUCCCGAACUCUGGAAUUUCAAUUGGAAUCGCCUACCACCACGUUGUCGCCGAUGGUCGGACUUUCAACAAUUUCUUGAAGACUUGGUCCGCAUUUUCAAGUAAUCUUAGAGAUUCAUCUUUUACACCCUUUUACGAUCGAAGGGUCAUCGUGGAUUCAAAUGGUUUUGAACCCAUUUUCUUGGAUGAAUGGUGGAAAUAUCAAAAUCCAAAAUCCAAACCGAGUUGCGGAGAAAAAAUGGUCCGUGCCACGUUUGUCGUGUUUCCAACAAACAUGGAGCUGAUUAAGAAUUGGAUUCUUUCCCGAUGCGACGAAAACAACGAGCCACACCCAGUGCAUUUGUCUCCGUACGUGCUCACAUGUUCAUUCAUAUGGGUUUGUCUUCUUAAAGCUCGGGAAUUGCUAGGAGGUCUGAAAACCAAAUGUGUCCGUGAAGAUCCGAAUUACUUCGGGUUCAUUGCGGGUGGAAUAACCCGAAUGGAUUUUCCGGUGCCAACGAGUUAUGUGGGUAACUGUGUGGGAUUUGGCCGAUCAAUGGCAAAGGUGGAUGAGUUGCUCGGAGAAGAUGGGAUUGUGGUAGCGGCAAGAGCCAUUGGAAGUACGGUUAAGAGGUUGGAUAAGGCAGUUCUUGUAGGGGCAGAGAAAUGGAUUUCGGAUUGGGAGGUGUUAAUUGGGUCGGAGAUCCACCUGAUGGCAUCCGGAUCGCCGAAGGUGGAUCUUUAUAGCAGAGAUUUUGGGUGGGGGAGACCAAAGAAGAUAGAGGAGAUAGCAAUUGAUAGAACAAGGGCUAUUUCAUUGACUGAGAGCAGACAAGUGAAAGGUGGGAUUGAAGUUGGGUUGGUGUUGGAAAAGCCUCAAAUGGAUGCUUUUACCUCUUUCUUUAUCAAGGGUCUCAAUGCUCUUUCAUGAUCUAACAUUGCAGUCGCUUAUUUAACUUUCUUUGUUGCUUGUCCAAAAAAUGAACAAUAAUGUUUCUUUAUUUCUUUCUUUCAUGCUUCUUUGGAGGUGGAAAAUUUUAGAACAAGCAUGAAAAAAGUUAUAAAAAAAAAAAAAUAAAUAAAUAAAAGGAACAUUUUGUUGAUC